AUGCAGAAGCACAAAUGCAAGCUCUGUUCCAAGAGUUUCUGUAAUGGCAGAGCACUUGGUGGUCACAUGAAGUCCCACUUGGUCUCAUCAUCACAGCCAGCGACGACUCGGAAGAAACUCGGUGACUCGGUCUAUUCUUGUUCAUCUUCCUCCGAUGGUAAAUCUCUGGUCUACGGGUUGCGAGAGAACCCGAGAAAGAGUGUCCGGGUUUUCAAUCCGGAUCCUGAGUCAUCAUCCAUCGUCUACAACAGCGAGACCGAGACCGAGCCUGAAUCCGGAGACCCUGUUCGGAAACGAGGCAAAGCAGACGUUUCCAAGAAGAAGAAGAAGAGGAGCAAGAAGAGAGUGUUUGAGAACUCGUCUGAGUCGGGAAAGAAGCAGAAGAUGAGUCGUCUUAACUCUAACGGGUCACCAGAGCCGGCGAGUUCUGUCUCCGACGGUUCUCCGGAGCAGGAUUUAGCCAUGUGUUUGAUGAUGCUCUCGAGAGAUUCAAGGGAAGUUGGGAUCAAACUAGAAAUGCCGGUGUUUGCAGGGGAAGAGAUGAAGCCGGAGAUAAGACACUUCUCGGAGCUCCGCCGAUGUGUGAUAGAUCUGAAUCUUCCUCCGCCGCAAGAAGGCGAGGCUGUCUCCAUAGUUUCAGCCAUAUAA